AUGUCCACUAAGGCCCAGCAGAAGGCCGAGGGCUAUAUGAAGUCAGAGCUCGGGUUCACAGUAGUCCUGCUCUCGCCCGCGGAUCGAGGUUCCCUUCCAUUCCUGGUAAUUGUGCGUUGGGUCAAGAUCAACCCGGUGCAGUUGAACCACGACACUCUACUAAAUGUACACACGAAACCUGAUCGCGAAGCCAUUUCAGGAAACUACAGGGCACGAAGUGAUUUUUUCGAGGGUGAGAUUGAGGCUGAGGCUGCUGCCAAGGUCUCCGCCCUGGAAGCUGUCAGAGCCCAUGCACCGGCAGCUGUGUCCAUCGCAGUCGCAGCUUCUCUGCUGUGGCUGCUGCUAGUAACGAAGAGCAAGAAGGUGGAGGAAAUUUCGCAUUUGAAAUUGAUCAAAGACCUCCUCGACGGCCAGUUGACUCUUCAAUGCAAGGUUCUCCACGGCCUGCAAAUGGACUUCAACUCUAUUUCCGAGAGGAUUUGCUCCUGGAUGAGCUCUACUGGGCUCUUUGGCGUCGGCUUCUUGGGGUCGUUGGGGUCGUCGGACAAGUGCAACCCGAACGUCGUCUCUCGCGUCGUGGGUAGUAGCAAGUACCCUGGCGGUUUCACCCUCUCUACAGUCAAAGCCUACUUUGUGGAAGACGCGAAGCUCUGGGCCCGUCUUGGAGCCUCCAAAACGUCUUAG